AUGAAAGAAAAUCUUGAAUGCGUUAACAACGUCGAAUUAGCUGAAAUUGAAAAAGAAAAAAAAUUAAAACAAAAAGAAAAAAAGAAAGAAAAACAGAAAGACAAGGAAAAAGAGAAUCAGAAUCAGAAGCAGAAACAGAAGGAUAAGCAGAAGGAAGGGAAAGCAAAAAAUGAUGAUUUAUGUCCCAAUGACGAAAAUAGGGUACCCAAAAAAUGCGAGCCUGUGAAGAAUAGUAAGCCGGGCAAUAAGGGAACCAACUUGAAAAAUAAAAAGGACAUCCACAAGGAGAGUCGCACGAACAAUGGGGAGGAGGACGACGAAGACGAUUAUAAUGAGGGCAACAAUAGCAACAACAGUGGCAACAACAAUGAUAGCAACAAUGACGGCAACGAAAUUGGUAGGUGUAAACUAGUCGAGAAGAGCAACACGUUCACCGUGGUGGGGAAAGGGAGAAGGGAACCAAAGAGUAGGUGUGACGAUGGGAAAGAAUCCAAGGGAAGUAGCACGUGCGGGGGGGCCACCCCUAGUGGAACGGGUAGUGGCACAGGAAGCGGAACGGGUAGCGGUACGAGUAGCGCAGUAGGAACUGCAAUCGGAAUAGCCAAAAAUGUGCAGAAGGCUAAUGCGCAUACCCAAAAGACAGGGAAAAAAAAAAAAGAAAUGAACAAGGAAAAUCAAAAAGCUAACACCAAAACAAACGCACCCGAGAAAAAAAACGGAACGACAAAUGUCACAAGAACAAACAGCAACGAACUUGCGAAGGAUAAAAUGAAUGCCCAGAAGAAAGGUACUAAGGAGACCAGUGGUAAUGAAAACGGCAUACAUAGCAACAGCACCGCUGAAGGAAAGAUAACGAUCAGUAACGCCACACAUGGAGAGAACAACGGGAAGAAAAAAAACUCCACGGAACAAAAGAACAAAGCGAAUUCUAAAAAGGGCAACAAGAAGAACAAACAAAAGAACGAGAACUACCUGCAGAAUACCUGGGUGUUUUUAUUCGACAAGGAAAACAGGAAGUACUACGAGCAGUACGUGAACGGGUUGGUCUCCCUGGAAACGUUUAACACGAUUGAGAAGUUUUACAAGAACUACAAGUACAUGAAAUCCCCGUCGUCCAUCAAGGAGUACUACAACAUCUACCUGUUUAAGCACAACUACAAGCCCAUUUAUGAGGAAUACUCGAACGGAUUUAUUUGCAUCAUAAAAAACGACCACUGUUUUAGGGACAACGUUGCCGAUUUGAUUUGGGAAAAAAUGGUCCUCCUGGCCAUCGGAGAAGAAUUCAAUUUGGUCGACCUCUCAGGAAUACAACUGUGCAUAAGGGAGAACGAAAUUUUUUUCAAAAUCUGGAUGAAGAACUACUCGAACUAUAUAAAGAACAUUCUAAUGAAACGAGUGAGCGAAUUGCUGGACCUGCCACCGAACACAUCUAUAAUAACCAAGAUUCUCUCCAAUGUGUACUACAACAGGAAGAACGCAAAUUUGAAGGAAAAAAAUGAGAAAGGGAAAAAGAUGUACAACAAGAAUAACAAGCCCGUUGAAUACCCAGGUACAAGGAAGGACUUCUUCAAACUUAAGAACUACGGAACCAUGUUGGUGCCCCCGAACUAUGGUAUAGGGAAUUAUAACUUUUACAAGAACAACUUGGACAUGAACCUAUACUACCUGUAUAAUCAGCAAGUCAUCCCGAACCACCCCUAUUUGUAUUACCCCCUAAAUAUGUACAACCAGCACUACAAUAAUGGCUACCCCGAUUUUAUGUAUGACUAUAAUAUGGGGGGGUACCCCAUGGAAGGCUUUAAUAACAAUUCGAUAGACAACGAAGUGCAUGCAGAAAAUAAUUUUGUCAGUAAUCAACCAAACGGAGUAGCCAGUUCCGAGAAAAAAAAAAAAAUUGACUAUGGAACGAAGAACAAAGAUUAUAGGAAGCAUUCUGUCUAUCCAAAGAAUACAAAUGAAAACUUUGAAGAUAUUAAAAACAGCACGUGUACGUAG